AGAGCCGGAUGCCGUUCAAAGUUCUGACCAAUAAGAGUAGAGCCUUAGGAAUAAAGUCACUCGAAUUUCGGUGUAUACAUAACUAAUUCAAAAUUGAAAUCAAAUAAAUUAAACUGAGACAAAAAAUUAGUUAGCCAUCUCUGUAGAAAAUCCAUCUCUGUAGAAAAUGGAAGCCCUUACUUGCGAUGAAGAUGACUACUACACUUCACUGCUUCUGAUGGAAGAUUCCCAAAUCUUCGAAAAAAAAAACACCUUUUUCUCCGACAACGACGGCGACGAAGAUUUCGCACAGAAACUUCAACUUCAAGAAACCCUAAUCUCUUCUUUCACCACAUCAUCACAGAAACCCCAAAGAAACACAUCUUCCAUAGAAGUUGGAGAAUCAUCGUCAUCAUCGAAGAAACGACGUCGUCUAAAGGAAGAAAAAGAAUCAUCAUCACCAUCCAAAAAACGACGUCGUUCGAAGGAGGAAGGAGAAUCGCCGCGGCGUUCGUCUUCGACUUCGUCCCGGUUCGUCUGCGAAAUAUGCACCGAAAAGAAAAAGAAAUAUAAAAUAUUCCCAUUUCUGAAUCACAACUGCAGCCACAAGUUCUGCACGGAAUGCAUAUCGAAGUAUUUAACAACGAAAUUGAAGCGCGGGAAAUCCCCAUCGAUCGCGUGCCCGGGGCCCGACUGCGAGGGCAUUUUGGGAAUCGAAGAGUGUGUCGGAGGGGUGGUGCCGAAAGAAGUUGUUACUUUGUGGGAUGAGGUUAUAUGCGAGUCGGUAAUUAUUCCGUCAUCGCAGAGGUUUUACUGUCCGUACAAGAACUGUUCGGCUUUGAUGAUGAACGAUUCCGAUACGAGGAACACGAUGAGGGAAGCCGAGUGCCCUAGCUGCAGGAGAUUGUUCUGCGUGAAAUGUAAUGUACCGUGGCAUUCGGGUUUCGAGUGUGGGGAUUUUUCGAGGAUGAGAGAGAGCGAGAGUGAGAGAGAGGAUCUGAAGUUGCACGCGCUUGCGAAGAAGAAGAAGUGGCGGAGAUGCCGUAGAUGUAAGUUCUUUGUGGAGAGGAAUAAGGGAUGCUUGCACAUGACUUGCAGGUGUGGAUUUCAAUUCUGCUAUAAAUGUGGGGCAGAUUGGAUAGAUACCCAUUUUUGUUUACGGUGACCACGCGCUGCCCUGACUCAUCGGCCAUCACUACAUGAUACUAAAGACUUUGAUUUUCU